CUCUCCCCCUCGCCCUUUUCGCUCGCGGUUUGGGAGGAGGAGACAGCGACAGAAAAGCGAGAGGGGGCGACGAGAGAGGGGCUUGGCUGUGCGUCGGCGUCGGCUGUGAUGGGGAGCUGGGAGCAGCCAGGCGGCGAGCAGUAGCGGCGGCGGCGGCAGCACGGAGCAGACACGAGAGCCAGGCGCUGCUCCCGGCAGGCUGCGCUGUGAUCUGGGCUGCGGAUUGGGAUCUCGCGCCCCGUCCCCCUCCUCCCGCUGCCGUUCUCCUCCUCCCGGCUUCCCCCGCUCUGCCUGCGAGCCUCCGAACGCCGAGCGCCUCAGCCCGCGGCUCCAGUCCGGGAGAGCGCGCGGCGUGCACUGCGGCGGCGGCGGCCGGGCGGCGGGCUAGUCCUGGGCUGGAGCGCUCGGAGAGGAAGACCGCGGAGGCUGCGCCUGGUGGAGCCGUGGAUCGCCGGCGAAAGCAAGGGAUGGAGGUAUGAUGCGAUGGAUAUAACUAUGGGAUACUGUGUGGGUACAAGGCCUCCCCCUUCUUGCCUCAUCCUCCUGCUUCUCAAGCUUAUGGCCACAGUGUCCCAGGGGCUGCCAGGGACCGGGCCCCUGGGCUUCCACUUCACUCACCCUGUGUACAAUGCUACCGUGUGUGAGAACUCAGCCGCAAGGACCUAUGUCCACAGCCAGGGUAGGAUGGGCAUCACCUUAAUAGAUCUGUCCUGGGAUGUCAAAUACAGAAUUGUAUCUGGAGAUGAGGAAGGCUUCUUCAAAGCAGAGGAAGUCAUCAUUGCAGACUUCUGUUUCCUCAGAAUAAGAACUAAAGGUGGCAAUUCGGCCAUAUUGAAUCGGGAGAUUCAGGACAAUUAUUUAUUGAUAGUCAAAGGUUCUGUUAGAGGAGAGGAUCUGGAAGCAUGGACCAAAGUGAACAUACAGGUUUUAGAUAUGAAUGACCUGCGACCCUUGUUUUCACCCACAACAUACUCUGUUACAAUAGCAGAAAGCACCCCUUUAAGGACUAGUGUUGCCCAGGUGACUGCCACAGACGCCGAUAUAGGCUCCAAUGGAGAAUUCUACUACUACUUUAAAAACAAAGUUGAUCUCUUUUCAGUCCACCCCACAAGUGGUGUCAUCUCUUUAAGUGGGCGGUUAAAUUAUGAUGAAAAGAAUAGGUACGAUCUGGAGAUUUUGGCUGUGGACCGGGGGAUGAAACUCUAUGGAAACAACGGAGUGAGCAGUACUGCAAAGCUUUAUGUUCACAUUGAACGUGUAAAUGAACACGCCCCAACUCUCCAUGUGGUCACUCAUGUUCCUUUCUCGCUGGACAAAGAGCCGACAUACGCGGUGGUGACAGUCGAUGACCUAGAUGAGGGGGCCAAUGGAGAAAUUGAGUCUGUUUCCAUUGUGGCUGGGGAUCCUUUAGAUCAGUUCUUCCUGGCUAAGGAAGGCAGGUGGAUGAAUGAAUACAAGAUUAAGGAGAGAAAGAAGGUCGACUGGGGGAGUUUUCCUUAUGGCUACAACCUCACUCUUCAAGCAAAAGAUAAGGGGUCCCCCCAGAAAUUUUCAGCAGCGAAGAUCGUCCACAUUGCCAAUCCCCAAAGAGACACUGUCCCAGUUAGAUUUGAAAAAGAAACGUAUGAUGUGAGCAUUAGUGAAUUCUCCCCUCCUGGUGUCGUGGUUGCUAUAGUAAAAUUAAGUCCCGAACCUCUCGAUGUGGAAUACAAAUUAUCUCCUGGUGAGGAUGCACAGUACUUCAAAAUUAAUCCUCGGUCUGGUCUGAUUGUCACAGCACAGCCGCUGAAUACUGUUAAGAAGGAGGUUUAUAAGCUGGGAGUGACAAACAAGGAAGGAGAUUUAAAAGCACAAGUCACCGUUGGCAUAGAAGAUGCGAAUGACCACACCCCAGAAUUUCAGCAGGCGCUGUACGAUGCUUUUGUGAAUGAAAGCGUCCCAGUGGGCACAAGUGUUCUGAUGGUUUCAGCUUCUGAUAAGGAUAAAGGAGAAAAUGGGUACAUCACAUAUAGUAUUGCCAGUCUGAAUUUGUUACCAUUUGCCAUUAACCAGUUUACAGGUGUUAUUAGCACAACUGAAGAAUUGGAUUUUGAAUCCUCCCCAGAGACUUACAGGUUCAUCGUAAGAGCCUCCGACUGGGGUUCGCCAUACCGCCAUGAAAGUGAAGUAAAUGUGACUAUUCGAAUAGGAAAUGUCAAUGACAACAGCCCUCUCUUUGAGAAAGUGGCUUGCCAGGGAGUUAUUUCCUAUGACUUUCCAGUCGGGGGUCACAUCACAGCUGUCUCUGCAAUUGAUAUUGAUGAACUUGAACUUGUAAAGUACAAAAUCAUCUCUGGAAAUGAACUUGGUUUCUUUUAUUUAAACCCAGACUCCGGGGUUUUACAACUUAAAAAGUCGCUGAUGAAUUCUGGCAUCAAAAAUGGUAAUUUUGCCCUCAGGAUUACAGCAACCGAUGGAGAGAAUUUUGCGGACCCCAUGUCUGUUAACAUUUCAGUCCUACAUGGGAAGGUGUCUUCAAAGAGCUUUAGUUGCAGAGAAACUCGUGUGGCUCAAAAGCUGGCAGAGAAACUGCUCAUUAAGGCAAAAGCAAACGGGAAACUGAACCUGGAAGACGGAUUUCUUGACUUUUAUUCAGUUAAUAGGCAAGGACCACAUUUUGAUAAGUCAUUUCCUUCUGAUGUGGCUGUGAAGGAGAAUCUGCCUGUUGGUGCCGACAUCCUGAAGAUUAAAGCCUAUGACGCUGACUCUGGCUUCAAUGGAAAGGUGCUAUUUACGAUAUCUGACGGGAACACGGACAGUUGCUUUAAUAUCGACAUGGAGACUGGGCAACUUAAAGUCCUUCUGCCAAUGGACCGAGAGCACACAGACCUCUAUCUCCUUAAUAUCACCAUCUAUGACUUAGGCAAUCCACAAAAAUCUUCAUGGAGGUUGCUGACCAUCAAUGUGGAGGAUGCGAAUGACAACAGCCCAAUUUUUCUCCAAGACAGUUACUCAGUUAACAUUCUUGAAAGUUCAAGUAUUGGAACUGAGAUAAUUCAAGUGGAAGCCAGAGACAAAGACUUGGGUUCUAAUGGGGAAGUAACUUACUCAGUGUUGACAGAUACACAGCAGUUUGCUAUCAACAGCUCAACUGGAAUUGUCUAUGUAGCCGACCAGUUGGACCGGGAAUCUAAAGCAAACUACUCUUUAAAAAUAGAAGCUCGAGACAGGGCAGAAAGUGGCCAGCAGCUGUUUUCCGUUGUCACCCUUAAGGUUUUUUUGGAUGAUGUCAAUGACUGUUCCCCGGCUUUCAUUCCCAGUAGCUAUAGUGUGAAGGUUCUGGAAGAUCUCCCCAUUGGCACUGUCAUUGCUUGGCUGGAGACCCAUGAUCCGGAUCUUGGGCUAGGGGGUCAAAUGCGCUAUUCUUUGGUCAAUGACUAUAAUGGGAGAUUUGAAAUAGAUAAAGCAAGUGGUGCCAUUCGCUUGAGCAAAGAGCUGGACUAUGAAAAGCAACAAUUCUAUAACCUCACGGUUCGGGCCAAAGACAAAGGGCGACCGGUCUCUCUGUCUUCUGUUUCCUUUGUUGAGGUGGAGGUGGUGGAUGUCAAUGAAAACCUCCACACUCCCUACUUCCCAGACUUUGCUGUCGUUGGAUCUGUAAAAGAAAACUCACGCAUCGGAACAAGUGUGCUGCAGGUAGCUGCCCAAGAUGACGACUCUGGGAGGGAUGGAGAGAUCCAGUACUCCAUCAGGGAUGGCAGUGGUCUCGGAAGGUUCAAUAUAGAUGACGAGAGUGGAGUCAUCUCUACUGCAGACAUUCUUGAUCGAGAGACAACGGGGUCCUACUGGCUGACCGUGUACGCCACAGACCGGGGCGUUGUUCCACUUUAUUCCACAAUUGAGGUCUACAUUGAAAUUGAAGAUGUGAAUGACAAUGCCCCCCUGACCUCGGAACCUAUUUAUUAUCCUGUUGUCAUGGAAAACUCGCCAAAGGAUGUAUCUGUCAUUCAGAUCCAGGCUGAGGAUCCAGACUCCAGUUCCAAUGAGAAACUGACAUACAGGAUUACAAGUGGGAAUCCCCAGAACUUCUUUGCCAUCAAUACCAAAACAGGUCUGAUUACAACAACUUCAAGGAAAUUGGAUCGAGAACAGCAGGCAGAACAUUUUCUGGAGGUGACUGUGACAGAUGGCGGUUCCUCUCCAAAACAGUCCACAAUUUGGGUGGUGGUUCAGGUUUUGGAUGAAAAUGACAAUAAACCCCAGUUCCCAGAGAAGGUCUACCAGAUCAAGCUGCCAGAACGUGACCGAAAAAAAAGGGGAGAACCCAUUUAUAGGGCUUUUGCGUUUGACAGAGAUGAAGGCCCCAAUGCAGAAAUCUCCUACAGUAUCGUGGAUGGGAAUGAUGAUGGAAAGUUUUUUAUUGACCCUAAAACUGGCAUGGUUUCUUCCAGAAAGCAGUUUACAGCAGGGAGUUAUGACAUCCUAACGAUAAAGGCAGUGGACAAUGGGCGCCCACAGAAAUCCUCCACGGCCCGCCUCCACAUUGAAUGGAUUAAGAAACCACCCCCUUCACCUAUACCGCUGACUUUUGACGAGCCGUUUUAUAACUUCACAGUCAUGGAAAGCGAUAGAGUCACCGAGAUUGUAGGGGUGGUGUCUGUGCAGCCAGCUAACACCCCUCUGUGGUUUGACAUAGUUGGGGGGAAUUUUGACAGCUCUUUUGACGCAGAGAAGGGUGUUGGGACCAUUGUCAUUGCAAAACCUUUGGAUGCAGAACAGAGGUCCAUCUAUAAUAUGAGUGUGGAAGUCACCGAUGGGACAAAUGUUGCUGUCACUCAGGUAUUUAUCAAAGUGCUGGAUAAUAAUGAUAAUGGCCCAGAAUUCUCUCAGCCGAAUUACGAUGUCACAAUCUCUGAGGACGUGCUUCCAGAUACAGAGAUCUUGCAGAUUGAAGCCACAGAUAGAGACGAGAAGCACAAACUGAGCUACACUGUCCACAGUAGCAUCGACUCGGCCAGCAUGAGGAAAUUCCGGAUUGACCCUAGCACUGGUGUGCUCUACACUGCUGAGAGGCUGGACCACGAGGCCCAGGACAAGCAUAUCCUCAACAUCAUGGUCAGAGAUCAGGAGUUUCCUUAUCGAAGAAACUUGGCCCGAGUCAUUGUGAAUGUGGAAGAUGCUAAUGAUCACAGUCCCUAUUUCACCAGCCCACUGUAUGAAGCGUCUGUGUUUGAAUCGGCUGCUCUGGGAUCAGCUGUUCUGCAAGUGACCGCCCUGGACAAAGACAAGGGGGAAAAUGCAGAACUCAUAUAUACCAUAGAAGCAGGGAACACUGGGAACACAUUUAAGAUCGAACCAGUCCUGGGCAUCAUCACCGUUUCCAAAGAACCAGACAUGACAACAACGGGUCAGUUUGUCCUGUCCGUCAAAGUCACAGACCAGGGUUCCCCGCCAAUGUCUGCCACUGCAAUUGUGCGCAUUUCUGUUACCAUGUCUGAUAAUUCUCACCCCAAGUUCACUCACAAAGACUACCAAGCAGAAGUAAAUGAAAAUGUUGAUAUUGGAACAUCAGUCAUUCUAAUCGCUGCCAUCAGUCAAUCUACCCUCAUUUAUGAAGUCAAAGAUGGAAACGUUGAUGGGAUCUUUACCAUAAAUCCAUAUUCUGGAGUCAUCACCACCCGGAAGGCACUGGAUUACGAGCGUACUUCCUCCUACCAGCUCAUCGUUCAGGCCACUAACAUGGCAGGCAUGGCUUCCAAUGCCACAGUCAAUAUUCAGAUCGUUGAUGAAAAUGAUAAUGCCCCAGUUUUUCUCUUUUCUCAAUAUUCAGGCAGUCUGAGUGAAGCUGCCCCAGUCAAUAGCAUUGUCAGGAGCUCGGAUAAUAGCCCGCUGGUGAUUCGAGCCACUGAUGCCGACAGCAACCGGAAUGCUCUGCUGGUGUAUCAGAUUGUGGAGUCCACGGCCAAGAAGUUCUUUAUAGUAGACUCCAGUACAGGUGCAAUCAGAACAAUUGCCAACCUGGACCAUGAAACUAUUGCCCAUUUCCAUUUCCAUGUCCACGUGAGAGAUAGUGGCAGCCCCCAGUUGACGGCAGAGAGUCCUGUUGAAGUCAACAUAGAGGUAACGGAUGUGAAUGAUAACCCACCUGUUUUCACCCAGGCUGUGUUUGAGACUGUCUUACUUCUACCCACCUACGUUGGAGUGGAGGUUCUGAAAGUUAGUGCCACGGAUCCUGACUCCGAGGUGCCCCCGGAACUGACAUAUAGCCUAGUGGAAGGUAGCUUGGAUCAUUUCUUGAUUGACUCAAAUAGUGGAGUGCUCACCAUAAAAAACAACAGCCUCUCCAAAGAUCACUACAUGUUGAUAGCUAAAGUGUCCGAUGGAAAGUUCUACAGUACAUCCAUGGUCACCAUCCUGGUUAAAGAAGCCAUGGAUAGUGGCCUCCACUUUACACAAAGCUUUUACUCGACCUCAAUUUCAGAGAACAACACUAACAUAACCAAAGUUGCUAUUGUCAAUGCCAUUGGAAAUCGCCUUAAUGAGCCAUUAAAAUACAGCAUCUUAAACCCAGGAAAUAAGUUCAAGAUAAAAUCUACCUCAGGGGUCAUUCAGACCACUGGAGUCCCCUUUGACCGUGAAGAACAAGAGUUAUACGAGCUGGUGGUGGAAGCCAGCCGAGAGCUGGACCAUCUGCGUGUGGCUAGAGUGGUGGUCAGGGUUAACAUUGAAGACAUCAAUGACAAUUCUCCAGUCUUUGUGGGUCUCCCUUACUAUGCUGCUGUGCAAGUUGAUGCUGAGCCCGGGACUCUAAUUUACCAGGUGACAGCCAUUGACAAAGAUAAAGGUGCAAAUGGAGAAGUGACCUAUGUACUACAGGAUGACUAUGGCCACUUUGAGAUUAACCCUAAUUCAGGGAACGUUAUUUUAAAAGAAGCAUUCAACUCUGACUUGUCCAACAUUGAGUAUGAAGUCACCAUCCUAGCCAAAGAUGGUGGAAAACCCUCUUUAUCCACCUCUGUAGAACUUCCCAUCACAAUUGUCAACAAAGCGAUGCCCGUGUUUGAUAAGCCCUUUUAUACAGCAUCGGUCAAUGAAGACAUUAGAAUGGAUACCCCCAUUCUAAGCAUCAAUGCCACCAGUCCAGAAGGCCAAGGCAUCAUAUACAUCAUUAUUGAUGGGGAUCUUUAUAAACAGUUUAACAUUGAUUUUGACACUGGGGUCCUGAAAGUGGUUAGCCCCUUGGAUUAUGAAAUCACCUCUGUUUACAAGUUGACAGUAAGAGCCAGUGAUGCUCUUACUGGUGCCAGGGCUGAAGUCACUGUUGACUUACUGGUUAAUGAUGUAAAUGAUAACCCCCCUAUUUUCGAUCAACCCACAUACAAUACAACAUUAUCAGAAUCCUCUCUCAUUGGGACACCUGUUUUGCAAGUUGUCUCUACUGAUGCAGACUCAGAAAACAAUAAAUUGGUACAUUACCAGAUCGUCCAGGAUACUUACAACAGCACAGAUUAUUUUCACAUAGACAGCGCAAGUGGCUUGAUCCUGACAGCGCGGAUGCUGGACCAUGAGUCAGUGCAACACUGCAUUUUGAAAGUCAGAGCCACAGAUAACGGCUUCCCAUCACUGAGCAGCGAGGUCUUGGUUCAUAUCUAUAUCUCGGACAUAAAUGACAACCCUCCCGUUUUUAAUCAGCUCAUUUACGAAUCAUAUGUGAGUGAAUUAGCCCCCCGGGGCCAUUUUGUAACCUGUGUUCAAGCCUCUGAUGCAGACAGCUCUGAUUUUGACCGCUUGGAAUAUAGCAUUUUAUCUGGGAAUGACCGGACCAGCUUUCUGAUGGACAGCAAGAGUGGCAUCAUCACCCUGUCCAACCACCGGAAGCAGCGGAUGGAGCCCCUGUACAGUCUCAAUGUGUCAGUCUCUGAUGGGUUGUUCACUAGCACUGCACAGGUGCACAUCAGGGUACUCGGGGCUAACCUAUACAGCCCUACCUUUUCCCAAAGCACCUACGUAGCUGAGGUGAGAGAGAAUGCAGCCGCUGGGACAAAGGUCAUUCACGUUCGAGCCACAGAUGGGGAUCCUGGGCCAUAUGGGCAGAUCAGCUAUGCCAUCAUCAACGACUUUGCCAAGGAUCGAUUCCUCAUAGACAGCAAUGGACAAGUCAUCACAACAGAAAGGCUUGACCGGGAAAACCCUCUGGAGGGAGACAUUAGUAUUUUUUUGAGGGCCCUCGAUGGCGGAGGGAGGACGACCUUUUGCACCGUGAGAGUGAUCGUUGUGGAUGAGAAUGACAAUGCUCCCCAGUUCAUGACAUUGGAAUACAGAGCCAGUGUCAGGGCAGACGUUGGAAGAGGCCACUUGGUCACUCAAGUUCAAGCCAUGGAUCCAGAUGAUGGAGCAAAUUCAAGGAUUACUUAUUCUCUAUAUAGCGAGGCCUCGGUCUCGGUGGCUGACCUCCUAGAAAUCGAUCCUGACAAUGGCUGGAUGGUCACUAAGGGCAAUUUUAACCAGCUGAAAAGCACAGUGCUGUCAUUCUUUGUCAAAGCAGUAGACGGGGGCAUUCCAGUAAAGCACUCCCUUAUCCCUGUCUAUAUUCAUGUCCUGCCCCCUGAAACAUCCUUGCCUUCUUUCACCCAGUCUCAGUAUUCUUUCACUGUUUCAGAAGAUACAGCCAUUGGGAGCACGGUGGACACCCUGAGGAUUUUGCCCAGUCAGAAUGUCAGGUUCAGUACAGUUAAUGGGGAACGGCCAGAAAAUAACAAAGGGGGUGUCUUCAUCAUAGAGCAGGAAACAGGCACGAUCAAGGUUGACAAACGCCUCGAUCGUGAAGUCAGCCCAGUAUUCCACUUUAAAGUAGCAGCCACCAUACCCCUGGACAAGGUAGACAUUGUGUUUACUGUGGAUGUAGAUAUCAAGGUACUGGACUUGAAUGACAACAAGCCAGUCUUUGAAACUUCCAGCUAUGAGACGAUCAUAAUGGAAGGGAUGCCUGUGGGCACCAGACUCACACAGGUGAGAGCCAUCGACGAGGACUGGGGAGCCAACGGGCAGGUCACUUACUCCCUGCACUUGGAUUCCCAGCCUGAAAAGGUCAUGGAAGCCUUCAACAUUGACAGCAAUACAGGCUGGAUCAGUACCUUGAAGGACCUGGAUCACGAGACAGAUCCCACCUUCACCUUCUCUGUGGUGGCCUCUGACCUCGGAGAGGCCUUCUCUCUUUCAUCCACGGCUUUGGUCUCUGUCAGGGUGAUGGAUAUAAAUGACAAUGCUCCAGUCUUUGCCCACGAGGUGUACCGAGGGAAUGUGAAGGAGAGUGACCCUCCUGGCGAGGUGGUAGCCGUCCUCAGCACUUGGGACAGAGACACUUCCGACAUUAAUCGCCAAGUGAGCUACCAUAUUACGGGAGGGAACCCCCGAGGAAGGUUUGCCCUGGGCCUGGUGCAGAGUGAAUGGAAGGUCUAUGUGAAGAGACCUUUAGAUAGAGAAGAACAAGACAUUUACUUCCUCAAUAUCACUGCCACCGACGGGCUUUUUGUCACCCAGGCCAUGGUGGAAGUGACCGUCAGUGAUGUGAAUGACAACAGCCCAGUGUGUGAUCAGGUUGCAUAUACAGCAUUAUUUCCUGAAGACAUUCCAUCAAAUAAAAUUAUCCUGAAAGUCAGUGCCAAGGAUGCCGACAUUGGGUCCAAUGGAGAUAUACAAUACUCACUCUAUGGAUCUGGAAAUGAUGAAUUUUUUCUAGAUCCAGAAAGUGGUGAGUUAAAAACUUUGGCUCUCUUGGACCGGGAAAGGGUCCCCAUGUACAGCCUGAUUGCCAGGGCCACUGACGGAGGUGGUAGGUUCUGCCAGUCCGACAUCCACCUGAUCCUGGAGGACGUGAAUGAUAACCCACCUGUGUUUUCUUCCGACCACUACAAUGCUUGUGUAUAUGAGAACACAGCCACCAAGGCUCUGUUGACCAGAGUUCAAGCUGUGGAUCCUGACGUUGGCAUCAACAGGAAGGUAGUGUACUCCCUGGCUGACUCUGCCGACGGGUUCUUCUCCAUUGACAGCUCGUCUGGCAUCAUCAUCCUGGAGCAGCCGCUGGACCGAGAGCAGCAGCCCUCCUACAAUAUCAGCGUCCAGGCCACCGACCAGAGCCCCGGCCAGGCUCUGUCCUCUCUUGCCACGGUCACCAUCACCGUCCUGGACAUUAACGACAACCCGCCUGUGUUCGAGAGGAGGGACUACCUGGUCAGUGUGCCUGAGGACACCUCCCCGGGCACCCAAGUGCUUGCUGUUUUUGCCACCAGCAAAGAUAUCGGCACGAAUGCUGAGAUUACAUAUCUCAUCCGGUCUGGGAAUGAGCAAGGGCGAUUUCGAAUCAACCCAAAGACAGGGGGUAUUUCUGUCUCUGAGGUCCUGGACUAUGAAUUAUGCAAAAAGUUUUUCCUGGUGGUGGAAGCCAAAGACGGGGGCACACCAGCUCUCAGUGCAGUGGCCACCGUCAGCAUCAACCUCACGGAUGUGAACGACAACCCUCCCAGGUUCAGCCAGAAUGUUUACAGUGCUGUCAUCAGUGAAGACGCCUUGGUCGGUGACUCUGUCAUUUUGCUAGUAGCAGAAGAUGCGGAUAGCCAGCCCAACGGACAGAUUCGUUUUUCUAUUGUGAACGGAGAUCGGGACAAUGAAUUUGCCGUGGAGCCUGUCUUAGGACUUGUAAAGGUUAAGAAGAAAUUAGACCGGGAACGGGUGUCUGGAUACUCCCUGCUUGUCCAGGCAGUAGACAGCGGCAUUCCUGCGAUGUCAUCCACAGCCACUGUCAACAUUGACAUUUCCGACGUGAACGAUAACAGCCCAGUCUUCACGCCUGCUAACUAUACCGCUGUGAUCCAGGAAAAUAAGCCGGUAGGCACCAGCAUCUUGCAGCUGGUGGUGACAGACAGAGACUCCUUUCACAACGGGCCUCCCUUCUCCUUCUCAAUUUUGUCGGGAAACGAAGAGGAGGAGUUUGUCUUGGACCCGCAUGGGAUCCUGCGGUCCGCCGUGGUCUUCCAGCACACGGGGUCUCCAGAGUACGUGCUGUGUGUCCAGGCAAAAGAUUCGGGCAAACCCCAGCAGGUCUCCCACUCCUACAUCCACGUGCGGGUCAUCGAGGAAAGUAUCCACAAACCCACGGCCAUCCCACUGGAGAUUUACAUCAUCACCAUGGAGGACGACUUUCCUGGUGGGGUCAUUGGGAAGAUCCAUGCCACGGACCAAGACAUGUAUGACGUGCUCACAUUUGCCCUGAAAUCGGAGCAGAAGAGCUUGUUCAAAGUGAACAGUCACGACGGGAAGAUCAUCGCCCUGGGGGGCCUGGACAGCGGCAAGUACGUGCUGAAUGUGUCCGUGAGCGACGGCCGCUUCCAGGUGCCCAUCGACGUGGUCGUGCACGUGGAGCAGCUGGUGCAUGAGAUGCUGCAGAACACCGUCACCAUCCGCUUUGAGAACGUGUCCCCCGAGGACUUCGUGGGGCUGCACAUGCACGGCUUCCGCCGUACCCUACGCAAUGCCGUCCUCACGCAGAAGCAGGACAGUCUGCGCAUCAUCAGCAUCCAGCCCGUGGCAGGGACCACCCAGCUGGACAUGCUCUUUGCCGUGGAGAUGCACAGCAGUGAGUUCUACAAGCCGGCCUACCUGAUCCAGAAGCUGUCCAACGCCCGUCGGCACCUGGAGAACGUCAUGCGCAUCUCGGCCAUCCUGGAGAAAAACUGCUCGGGGCUGGACUGUCAGGAGCAGCACUGCGAGCAGGGCCUGUCCCUGGAUUCCCAUGCGCUCAUGACCUACAGCACAGCGCGCAUCAGCUUCGUGUGCCCACGUUUCUAUAGAAAUGUGCGCUGCACCUGUAACGGAGGACUGUGCCCGGGGUCCAACGAUCCUUGCAUGGAGAAGCCAUGUCCGGGGGACAUGCAGUGUGUUGGUUACGAAGCCAGCAGGAGACCGUACCUCUGCCAGUGUCCACCAGGGAAGCUCGGAGAGUGCUCAGGGCACACUUCUCUCAGCUUUGCUGGAAACAGUUACAUCAAAUACCGGCUGUCUGAAAAUAGCAAAGAAGAGGACUUCCGGCUCGCUCUGCGUCUGCGCACCCUGCAAAGCAACGGGAUUAUAAUGUACACCAGAGCAAAUCCCUGCAUAAUUCUGAAGAUCGUGGACGGCAAGCUGUGGUUCCAGCUGGACUGCGGCAAUGGCCCGGGGAUCCUGGGCAUCUCCGGCAGGGCGGUCAAUGAUGGGAGCUGGCACUCCGUCUUCCUGGAGCUCAACCGCAAUUUCACAAGCCUGUCCCUGGACGACAGCUAUGUGGAGCGGCGCAGGGCACCCCUCUACUUCCAGACGCUGAGCACGGAAAGCACCAUCUACUUUGGGGCGCUGGUGCAGGCAGAUAACAUCCGCAGCCUUACGGACGCGCGGGUCACGCAGGUGUUGAGCGGCUUCCAGGGCUGCCUGGACUCGGUGGUGCUGAACAACAACGAGCUUCCGCUACAGAACAAGCGCAGCAGCUUCGCGGAGGUGGUGGGCCUGACGGAGCUGAAGCUGGGCUGCGUGCUCUACCCCGAUGCCUGUGAGCGCAGCCCGUGCCAGCAUGGGGGCAGCUGCGCUGGCCUGCCCUCCGGAGGCUAUCAGUGUACCUGUCUCUCACAGUUCACUGGAAGAAACUGUGAGUCGGAGAUCACAGCUUGCUUCCCAAACCCCUGCCAGAACGGAGGCUCCUGCGACCCCAUAGGGAACACUUUCAUCUGCAAUUGCAAAGCUGGGCUCACUGGAGUCACGUGCGAGGAGGACGUCAAUGAGUGCGAGCGGGAGGAGUGUGAGAACGGGGGCUCCUGCGUCAACGUGUUCGGCUCCUUCGUGUGCAACUGCACGCCAGGCUAUGUGGGCCAGUACUGCGGGCUGCGGCCCGUGGUCGUGCCCAACAUCCAGGCCGGCCACUCGUACGUGGGCAAGGAGGAGCUCAUCGGCAUCGCCGUGGUCCUCUUCGUCAUCUUCAUCCUGGUCAUCCUCUUCAUCGUCUUCCGCAAGAAGGUCUUCCGCAAGAACUACUCGCGCAACAACAUCACGCUGGUGCAGGACCCCGCCACAGCCGCCCUGCUCAACAAGAGCAACGGCAUCCCGUUCCGGAACCUGCGCGGCAGCGGGGACUGCCGCAACGUCUACCAGGAGGUGGGGCCCCCGCAGGUGCCCGUGCGCCCCAUGGCCUACACGCCGUGCUUCCAGAGCGACUCCAGGAGCAACCUGGAUAAGAUCGUGGACGGGCUGGGGGGCGAGCAUCAGGAGAUGACCACGUUCCACCCGGAGUCCCCACGCAUCCUGACAGCCAGGCGUGGUGUAGUCGUGUGCAGCGUGGCCCCCAACCUGCCUGCUGUGUCGCCCUGCCGCUCGGACUGCGAUUCCAUCCGGAAGAAUGGCUGGGACGCAGGAACCGACAACAAAGGGGUCGAUGAUCCCGGAGAAGUGACCUGUUUCGCAGGCAGUAAUAAAGGCAGCAACUCUGAGGUUCAGUCCCUGAGCUCCUUCCAGUCGGAUUCUGGCGACGACAAUGCGUCCAUUGUGACUGUCAUUCAGCUUGUCAACAAUGUAGUUGACACUAUAGAGAAUGAAGUGUCUAUCAUGGACCAAGGACAGAAGUACAACCGAGCCUAUCACUGGGACACCUCCGACUGGAUGCCCGGGGCCCGCCUGUCGGACAUAGAAGAAGUGCCCAACUAUGAGAACCAGGAGGGAGGGUCGGCCCAGCAAGGCAGCACGCGGGAGCUAGAGAGCGAUUACUACCUGGGCGGCUAUGACAUCGACAGCGAGUACCCUCCCCCGCACGAGGAGGAGUUCCUGAACCAGGACCAGCUGCCCCCGCCCCUGCCUGAGGACUUCCCAGACCAGUAUGAGGCCCUGCCGCCCUCCCAGCCUGUGUCACUGGCCAGCACACUGAGCCCCGACUGCAGGAGGAGGCCCCAGUUCCACCCCAGCCAGUACCUCCCUCCCCAUACAUUCCCCAACGACACGGAUUUGGCGGGCCCACCUGCCGCCUGUGAAUUUAGUACUUUUGCGGUGGGCUUGAACCAGGGCGCGGAGACGGCAGGCCCCGCCGACAGCGCGUCUCUAUCCUUGCACAAUUCCAGAGGCACCUCGUCCUCGGAUGUGUCGGCCGGCUGUGGCUUUGACGACUCCGAAGCCGCCAUGAGUGACUACCAGAGCGUGGGAGAGCUCAGCCUCGCCAGCCUGCACAUACCCUUCCUCGAGACUCAGCACCAGACCCAAGUGUAGACAGCGUGCCUGCCCAGGGCCCUCGGCGCAGUCCGGGGCCAAACCGCGGGAAGGAGGUGGGGCUCGCAUCUGCACGGCCAGCAGCAGGACGGAAACAGGGACUUGCCCCCGGGGAACUUCUUCACGAGUCCCGUGGUCACGGGCAAGCUCCUGUCCAGCUGGGUGAAAAGAAAAGGCUCCGAGAGUUUCUUAGCGGGGACGGAUAGCCUUGCAGUAGGUACCUGCGUUCACGACCAAGCACGGGCACCGAGUUUCUACAGGGGUAAUAAACCACCUGCUGGGUUAUACAGCCCACCUCAUAUGGCUUUGUGCAGUAUUGGGACCCGGGAAGGGUUACAGCAGCAGAGCGGGCAGUAUUAGUACUGGCAACGAGCAAAGACGCAUUGUUGCAUGUCAUUUUGAGCCAAUGGGGGGAGGGGAUGAAAACAGUAGUUAUGAUGGUUGGAAAAGUUAGUCUCUUAGGGGAAAGAAAAGAGAAACACAUAUUAUUAAAAAAAAAAAAAAACAACAAAAGAAAAUGGGCUGAAGCCUUUAAAGUCAACUCUAUUUUUUUUUAAUAAGCUGUCCAGUUUUCAGCUAUAAAAUUAGGUUUGGGUAACAUGGUUUGUAUGCUUAGUUAUUUUCGUUUGUUUGUGUUAAGCAUCCCAUAUAAUAUAGUUGGGCUUUAUGAUCUUUGAGAAAGGUAUCAAUGGAAGGAAUGUGAGGAUACUUGGGCUUGAUUUUGGGGGUCGGGGAGAAGGUUAACAUUGUUCCAACAUUAGAAAGAAUGUGAUUAUCUGUUUUUGUGUUUUCCAGUAAAUAUUCCUGGCCAUAGCUACAACUUUAAUAUUACUGCAGAAAUUGGCUUUUGUUCUGAGGAUCAAGGAAGAAAAAAAAAAGUGUAUUUUGAUACACUGUUCUCUACAAUGAGAGGAAUUAGAGGUAUAAGCAGAAUUCAAAUUCAGGGGGAAAAGGGAAAAGUAUACUUUCAAAGUUUUCAGCUGGAUAAUCACAGUUCUUGAUAAUGCAGAUAAAAUCCAAGUGUUAUUUUAAAUCCGUAGCAUCAUCACUAUAAAUGCAAUUAUGUUUGCAAAAAGAAGAAAGUAGAGUAGUUCUCGUGUAUAGAGUAUAGUAGUGUGUGUGUCUGGGCCUAUAUACAAUUAUGUGCUUGCACUCCAUAAGGCUGCUCUUGAGGAAAGCAAAAGUGAAGGUUUUAGGAGAAGGACCGUGUUUAAAAAUCCUGCCAGAGGCAGACCUUCCAAUUUCUCUGAUCUCUACAAUGUUAGAGAAACACCAAAUGCCAUAUUUUGCUCCGGUUCACUUAACUUUAUUUUGGUAUUGCCAUUUAUGGUGACUUAAAACUGUGUUUUUGAAGAAAUAAUAUUUUGUUACAGUUUUCCAGAAUGAAACUCUUAUUUGAAAGAUGUGUAAUGUUUAAUUACACCUCCCCGGGGUUCUCCUCUCUCCUGACGUGUGGGCUUCGGCCAAGAGUUUCCCAAAUUGACAGGAGAAUCAUUCCAGCAGAAAUACGGUAACCCCAUCCUCGAGGCUGAAACUUACCAAGUUGAGUGACUCUCCUCUUUUGCUUCAAUCAGAUUAUGGCUGCGUGCACAGCAGCCGUGGUAAAUAAAUGCAUAUUUGCACUAUCUGCUUCAUGAGCAAAUCUCUGUGUCCACGGUUUCUGGUGGCAUAUGGCAUUGGUGUGUCGACUGUUCUGUCCUGGUUCUGUGUCUCAUCUGCACAGACAUAUUUUUAGUUGCUUCCAUUGUGUUUAGUCCACUGCUUUGUGGGAGUCAGUGUUUCUGAAGCUCGUUUCAAAAACAAGCAAAAAAAUUCCUCUUCAUUCCAAGCUUCCUGAGUUCAGGAUACGCUUCACAGAUUUUCCAGCUCUUCUUCUCUCCCCGUCUCUUGGUCGGACCUCCUCGUGGAAGCAUUAUCCGCACUCUGGUCUUGAAAUAAAUGAAAUUUCACUGAGGCUGCUUUUGAGAAUAGAGUCUCUGGUAUUUUUCUUAGGUAAGAAGCACAUUUGCAAGAAUCACGGAGAAAAUGAUGAGCUAAUGGUCUAGAAUAGAAUCACUGCUAUACUUUUAAUAAUGCAAUGACAUAGAAACCAUCAAAGUAAAACCAACAAUUCAUUUCUUGCCCCCAGGAAAUAUUGGAACAAGAUUAAUGCCGAUGAGUCCCUACUGCUUACACAGCUUCUCCUCCAGGGAGAACGCCUGACUGACACGGUAAUGAAGGAAUAAAUAGAACCCUAAUGCGAUUGUGAAGUCACCCAAGAAAAUUGUGCCCACUCUUUUCACUUUGACCUAUAUAAAAUACCUCUUUUUUCAGCAUAUCUUCCCCUGAUUUUCUGCAGUAGAGCUCUGUGGCUAAGUGUACACCAGACAAGCAUGUGUUAUGUUUUGAUUCAUUACCUUUAAGCACAUGGUAUCUUUUCACUUGGGGGAUAGUUGGUUUUCCCUGUAGGUUACAGAACUGCUUGCAGUCAGGCCAGCAUGGAACUUGGUGGGGUCACCACUGAUCCAAGGAGCUGGAAGGGUCCUUAAAAUCUGCUUGUCUAAUCCCCUUCCCUUUUUUAUUUUUUUAUGAAAGAGGAAACAUGACCAGAGAGAGGAAAGGACUUGCCCAAGCUCAUGCAGGGACCAGAACCCGUCAUUUGGCUAAUAUUCUUUCUAUAUAAAAUUGUUCACCACUAAACCUCUGUGGACGUGGUAUCUGCCUGCUUCUGCUGGACCAUCCGACAUCUCAUACUCCUGCUUUGGAAUAUGCUAGCAAAGAGAAUUCAUGGAGAUUAUUUCUCUGGAAGCCUUAGGAUCUCAAGUUUCCUUGCAGCCACCCCCAGUAAGGAUGUAGUUUCAGAAUUCACACAUUUCUUUGGACACUUAUCAAAAUGCUACUUUUACCAAAUGAAUGUUUUCUAAAAUGAGGAUGGAAUGUUAAUUACAGAAUGGAACUCAGACCAGGCAUCAGUUAUAGUGAGACUUUGAUUACAGUGUUACCUACUGGAUGCAGUUCUGUUUUUCUUUUUUUCGCCCUCCCCUUCCCAGUCCUGCUGUUUGUUCCUCUCCCCUCCUCCCCUCCGCCAUGAUGAACCACAUGGAAAAUAUGUAAGCCAGUCAGUGUCUUGACUUUUUUUCGAUCACGUAUGUGCUACCUCCGAGGAGCCAUUUUCCAUAGUCUGUUGUGGGCACUUUACCUGUAUUACACACAUUCUUGUGAGGUUGAGAGUAGCUGGACUGGACCUUUGAUGUUUGUCAUGUAGCGAGCGGAAGCUAUGAGGCUGUAAAAGAUGAAUAGAGUAGGUGUUCAUAUGCUUUCUUCUGCAAGCAUUUUGCUGCUGAGUUCCAUUCCACGCCAGCUUUCCAUUUACUCAUGUCCUGCCCAUUCGUGAAAUGCCAUUGUAGAAGACAGUGGGAAGAACGGGUCAAGUCUAUGCAUUUGAGGUUUACCCUAUCAGACAAUCAGUCAGAAGACCUGGAACGGGCAUUUAGCAUGCAUUCCUGGGACUUAUCUGGAACUGCCAUUGAGAAUCACUAGCACAGCCUGAAAAAGAAGCAGGUAAAAAAGAUAGACACCACUGGCCAUCGACUACUUACUUCCCACCCUGUCCCCGUCCCCUCCCCCCACCCGCUACCCCCACUAAUGCUGUGUCUACGUCAUCAAAGUCGGGAACUGAGAAGAGAGAUAACCACAGGGAAUCAUGUGAGACCCAGACAACACUUCCCUGUGAACGAAUUCGGGAAGAUCUGAUGUUCAUUUUGCAUGGGCUGCCCAGUUAACUGUCUGGUUUCUUCACACUUCUGCCCUCCCAGUGCACAGGUUUUGCUAAAAGUCAUUAGGCUUGCAUGUUUUAUAUUUUUCACUUCCAACCAUGAGAAAGGGAGAUUUGAAGAGGUGCUGCUUCAGAGUUCUCAUUUUGUGUGGUCUGUGAGAAGGCGGUUACGUGUUUAGGCUGGUGUUCGUCCCGUGACAUUCAACUGCACAUUUUUCUGGUGGAAAUCCACAAAGGCUUUGAGCUUCGGGUUGCAUAAUUCUAGGGUUUAAAGCCACCAUUUGUGGGUUUGACAUCAGUUAAUACUUAGCCAGCUGGCUAAGAGGUAGGAAAAGUAAGAUUUUCUUUCCUUACGUAAUAAUGAAAAGCAAUAAUUACAAGUAUGUAAUAUUACACAAAGGCCAUAAUUAGUCUCUUUCAGUGUUGAAGAUGCACUAGAGAAUCGUAUAGUCCAUUCAAAGUGUGUUUGGACCCAUUGGUAUGGACCGUAGCACCCUUUCCGGCAAACAAAUACCAGAAUUGCUACUACUUGACAACUUUCUGAGCCCAUACUACUGCAUUUCAGGAGGUGACAAAUGUGUUCAGGAAAUGGAAGCACUGUAUCAGAGAGAUUGUCUUGUAAAUUUACCUGUUACAAACAGGCUGGUUUGUAAAAGAUGUAUGUUUUGGUGUUUAAAAUGUUUAUAGAAUUGUAUAUAACGGUUUCAAUUUUCCAGGCUUUUUGUAGAUACUGUAUUUGAUGCCUAUCAGGAUGCUUUAAUUUGGGGGAUCGAGUAUAAUUCUAAGUCACCCAUGCUAUUGGUCUGCAAACUUUUAAGGUAACUCCAUGCACACAAACAAACACACAGGACUUUAGAUUUGAAAAGGAUGUUUUUUAAUCAUUUCAAAAUGUACUGUAAUCUUUUUGGGGUUCUACUGUUUUCGUUUAACUUUCUCUGUUUCCAAGAAAAUGUUUGUAUUGACAUUUUUUUUAAAAAGUGUGUUUUGCCCAGUGACUAAGUAUCUGAUUUUUAUGCCAUUUCAGGUUCAGAUGAAGUAUGUCAUUUCUUUACACACACACACACACACACACACACACACGCACAUGUGAACUCCCCUAAACUUGCACACACACCACACACCAAACCUUAUGCAAAGGGGAAAGCUAGCACUUCAAGUGAGCCUUGUCCCUUACAGAUGGAUUGUUUCUGCAUAUAUUGCUGUUGGCAGUACUCAGUCUUGUGUUCUUUUUCUAAAAAAAAAAAAAGAAAAGAAAAGAAAGAAAGAACAGAACAACAACAAAAAGACAGCCCA